AUGGAAAAAUUGAUUAAAACAACUAUAAACGAAAGAAGAACCACAAGUAAUAUAAACAAUAGUCCAUUUUCUUUUGAGUAUACUUUUGAGGAUGAUGCGCUCACUUAUGACGAAAAAACAGAAAGAAUAACGUCUAAAUGCAACUUGAACAAUAAUUCACAAAAACAUUUAGAAGAGAGAAACAUUGAAAAGCAACAAGAAAAUAAUAUAAUAGGACAAGAAAAAGACCAGAAUGAGCAAAAUGGCAAUCUAGAAAUACAGAAUAAAAAAGAGGAAGAACUAGAACAGGACGUAGAAAACGAAGAAAUACAAGAAGUCGAUCCGGAGACGCAGACUGAUGAGGCAACCAAUACUGAAAUAGAAGAAAUCGUUUCAAAUGAACGUGAUGAUGAUGCAGGUGAAAAUCUCUCAUCCGAUAUAAUAUCUGAAGAUGAAGAUAAUAUAUCUGAAAAUAUAUCAGAAAGUGAGGGUGGAGAGCUUGAGGGUGAUAAAGAUUGGUUUGACAUUCCCGACAAUGACGUAAUGAGCUUCAAUGAGAGUAUACUUGAUAGCGUGACAAAUGUACCUAUUCAUAAUAAAAUGCCCGUCGAUAUUGCAUUUUAUUACAGAAUUCCCCGAAGGAAGAUGUACUGA